CGCUUCUAACCUUUCACCCCCGCCAGAAAAUAUUCCAAGUAUUUGAACUGCAAGCAGGACAGAGGGGGGCAGAGGGGGAAAGCGAGUGAGCGAGGGAGAGAGCGAGAGAGAGAGGUGCAAUUGAGCAAGUGAGCUAACAGCUAACUAGCACAGGAAACCAGGGGAGAGAGCUCAGAGGUGACAGCGGAGAAUGGAGAGGACUGCGGACCUUCGGCGAGUCUCGAUCGCAGAGAGGGUAUUCGAAGUGUAUUUCUACACAUCGAAGUGCAUCUGCUGAAACUGGAUAAACACAGGGGUGCAAAGGAAUGGCUGAUCCUCUGCGGAGGACAUUAUUAGCUAAACUUCGGGGGAAGAAAUCCAAGAAAGGGACGACAGCUGGUGGAUGCGGCGUUGCAGCUAACGGGGGCAGAGAAGGUAAAGAAAAACUUUUGCAAAAGACAGACGGUCCAACUCACAAAAUAGUAACGAUCACUGAGUUGGAUUUUUUACCAGAUAAAAUGAUAGGUAACGAGAAGUACAUGAACGGAAGCUACAACAACACGGUGGUAGGUUUAGUGGAGAACACGGUAGUUGUUAGGAACGCGUUUCCCCAGUGCGAGGCGACACCACACAUAAACACAGGAGCGAGGGACACUCAGUUCAGCGGGGGCCCGAGGCUUGGGGGUCGAAAUAAUGAGAAACUCUUGGGGGUCUCAGUUCAAAGGGAAAUUCUUGACAGAGGCAACGAUAGAGAGGAGAUGAGUCGCUUUCAUAAGCAAGAGGCUCACUUCUCAGGACAAGUGCAAAACGGAGCGUUUCGGGGACCGCAGGCACAGAAAAAACACACUGUACCACUUCCACGACAAACUAUUGGAGGUGAUUCAAUAGGGUUCGGGAGCUGUGAAACUACGAUUUUUAACUUUAGCCAGAUUAAUACAGACAGAGUUAAAUUGGCAGAUGGUCACUAUGCGUCUUCAAAGAACGGCGAGACAAAUGUCCACUGCGACAGAGAUCUAAAGAUUCUAUGCGACGGAGUGGUGUUUGGCCAGCAGAAUAGUUUCCGUGCUGGCUGCGUUACUAAUUCCAUUCACAAAGCACAUUCUACUUCCCAUUUUAAUAAGGAGUUUGCCACUAAUGUAACAACAACCGGACGGACGGAAAUGUUUCCACAUGAAUCAAAUUAUUUACAUUAUGUCCAAAGCAAUGCAGAAGAAGUUCGUGUAAUACAGAAUGUAGAAAGUUACGAGGGCUUGACUGGAUUGACAAGGGAUAUCAAGACGCCAAAUCUUCUUAGCCCAACGUUUUUCCCCACCGAACUGGAAAUAUUCGACUUGAACGUGGCUCCCAGUGUUGGGUGCGCGAGAGAUCCACUGCGCCACCAUUCACUAGAUAGUGAGGAUGAUGAUUACUACGAUAACGAAAUUCUACCCUUUUAUGUAUCAAACUCACAGAACCGUCAUAUUAAUGUUGAAACAAAUACCGAAUUGGAAACACUGACGCAGUUGGAAGACCCAAAUGUGUCCAGUGCCUAUCAAAACAGCAGCGCUCAAGAAACAGACAGACUCAGGAGCCAGUUGAAAGAAGCGUAUUAUUUGUUGAUAAACGCAAUGCAGGACAUUAGCCUAGAUGGUGAAGUAGAAGACAAUGGAUUUAUUGAGCGUGGAAGCACCACUAGCCAGUCACAUGAUAGUGUUUGCUCACAAUCUUCUACUAAGCACUCGAACAGUGAUGGGUCAUCGUCUGGAAAGCAUAGUGCUCAACAGGUAUCUGACACCGACUCGUUGUUGAACUUUAGUGAGAACAUUUCACUCAGCCCUAAGAGUAGUUUGCUGAGUAAAAGCUGCCAAAACGUGAGUACCUCCAAGACCAGGGCAGUCUUACAAAGGUCAGUUAGUGACGGGGCCAUGAAAUAUGCCACUGUGAACAGGCCAUGUGCCCAGUUAGAUCUCCAAAGUUCUAUUGCCGUUGGCAAUGUGGACAAGACUGAAAAGGGGAGCGAUACUCUCUCAUCUGGGAAAACAGUCACCUACGAUACCACGAGCAGUGGUGAAGAUGGGCGCCUAAAUGAGAGCAAUGGCUCGGUAAACAGCCUCUCCGGCUCCUCCGAUAACGUGGACAAUCAGGGCAGGAGCAAGCACGAUGUCCUGAAUUCCAGCCGUGGAGGAGGCUCCGCCAAGCCCCACGGGCUGACGGUCAACAAAAUGCAGGAGUGGAUGCACAGAGGACGCCUGCUGUCGUCCGAAAUGAAGCAGCGCAUCGCGGGGUCCUCCCUGCGUGCCCACGGCCCGUCUAAUAUGUGGCCGGCUCAUGGAGCACCAAGUGGGACAAAAGCAGCAACCCAGACGGCCCGAGUUCAAAGAGGCAAAAGUGCUGCUCCUUGUCAAGGAGUGCAUCAGUCAGCACUCAUAGAAAAUGCCCACAGGGAGGCGAGCAGCGCGCUCAGGGCUCAGCUCAACACCAUCACCGUCUCCAAGAAGCGCAACUGGCUGCAGCAGAGCUCGGCCGGCCCCUGUCCAGCCGAGGAGCUAGGCCCGGGGUCAGAGGAGUACCACCCAGCCCAGCAGCACCACCACCAUCACCACCAGCAGCAUCUCAUCUCUUCUCCUCCGCCGGCCUCGGGCAUCUCGCCUGAGGGCCAGCCUCGGCCGGCUCCCUUUCCCCGGCCGGCCCUCCGCCUCCCGCUGCCCCUGGUCACCAUCACCCACGGCCACUCGCACGCGCGGGUCUCACCACAGCCGCCCCGCCAGAACGCGGUGGACGCGGCCGAGGAGGAGAACGAUGCUGACGACGAGGGCGAGAUCUGGUACAACCCCAUCCCCGAGGACGACGAGCCCGAGCCGCCCAAGCCGCUGCCCCUGACCUCGCGUGGCGCGACCACCGUCGUCUCCUCCCGGCACCAGGGCCCGGUCUCUGUCGCGCCCGAGGCGUCUCAGCACCCCUAUCCCCUCAGGCGGGCCGAGCGGGGAGGCCGCAGGAGACAGCGUGGCUGGGCCGUCGUCGCUGUUGUCCGUGGAGACGGCUCACACGCUCCAUCCGAAUGCAGCACAUUCCAGCGAGCCUUUGCUGCAGCUGCACAGGCAGAUAUUCACGUGCAAACCCCAGGAGGAGAGCCUCAGUGCGCCGAGGCCAGCAGCAGCGGCAGCGGCGGCUCGCUGCCCCGCUCCUCUCUGCCCGUCUCCCCCGUCAGCCCUCCUGCCGCUUGGACUCUCUUGCUCGCAAAUAUGGACAUGUCCAAUGCUGGCUUCUCCGCCCCCUCGAGUCCCAACCCCGCUAAGAAAGGGAGCUCACUCAACUGGUCCUUCCCCGACAAGAUCAAGUCACCGCGGACGGUGCGGAAGCUCUCCAUGAAGAUGAAGAAGCUUCCAGAACUCAGCCGUAAGCUUAGUGUAAAAGGGACCAGCAGCAGCAGCAACAACAACGCCAGCAGCCAAUCGGAAUCAAGGGCACACUCUCCGAAAACCAAUGGAGGGACAGAGUCGGGUCAAGUGCCGUCCAGGGUCUCCCCGGGCGUUGGCCAAUCGGGAGGGGUCUUCACCAGUGGGAACGUCAUCUCCCGCUACCACCUGGACAGCAGUGUGUCCACUCAGCCCAGCAAGAAGAAGAGCAGUGGGGGCUCCAAGUCAGCCAGCAAAGGUGGCUACCUGAGUGACGGGGACUCGCCGGAACUGGUGGCCAAGUCCGGCAAGCACGGCUCCGGCGCAGAUGGGAAAAACGGGAAGGCCAAGGAGAGAGAGGCGAACGGGAAUGGCUCUGGAGGUGGCAGCAGUGGCGGAGGAGUUGGAGGAGGAGGUGGCGGCGUCGUGGGAGGAGGCGUCAGCCCGAAGCUCCACGGUAGCGAGCUGGACAUCGACGCCUUCCGGCCGUACAGCUUUGCCGAGCAGCCCAAGUGCGCCACCUACCUGUCGGGCCUGAUGAGCGUGCACUUCUACGGCGCCGAGGACCUGAAGCCGCCGCGCGUGGACUCGCGCGACGUCUACUGCGCCAUCCAGGUGGACUCGGUCAACAAGGCGCGCACGGCCCUCCUCACCUGCCGCACGGCCUUCCUGGACAUGGACCACACGUUCAACAUCGAGCUGGAGAACGCGCAGCACCUCAAGCUGGUGGUGUUCAGCUGGGAGGCGACGCCGCGGCGCCACCGCGUCUGCUGCCACGGCACCGUGGCGCUGCCCGCUCUGUUCCGCGUCACGCGCACCCACCAGCUGGCCGUGCGGCUGGAGCCGCGCGGCAUGAUCUACGUCAAGCUGGGCCUCAUCGAGCAGUGGCAGAACUCGCUGGACGGCGUGGGCGGCGGAGUGGGGGCCGACGGCGAGCGAGAGCCCCAGGUGUUCGGCGUGGAGGCCUGGAGGGUGGUCGAGAGGGAAGCGGCCGGACUCAUGGUCCCGCUGCUCAUCCACAAGUGCAUCACGGAGAUCGAAAGGAGAGGCUGCCAGGUGGUGGGCCUGUACCGUCUUUGUGGCUCGGCGGCCGUGAAGAAGGAGCUGCGUGAGGCAUUUGAGAGGGACAGCUACAGCGUGGAGCUCUCGGAGAGCGCCUACCCAGACGUCAACGUCAUCACAGGUGUGCUUAAGGACUACCUGCGAGAGCUGCCCUACCCCCUCAUCACUAAGCAGCUGUAUGAGGCUGUCCUAGAUUCCAUGGCCAGGCGGCCGCUGCGGAUCGGCGCCGGCGGCUGCGAGAAUGACCAGGCCGACACGGAGCACACCGUCGGGCUCCUGGACAUCCUGCCCGAGGUCGAGAAGGUGACACUGCGGAAGCUUCUGGAUCACCUGAAGCUGGUGGCCUCGCACCACGAGGUCAACAAGAUGACAUGCCAGAACCUGGCCGUAUGCUUCGGUCCGGUGCUGCUGAGCCAGCGGCAGGACGCCUCGUGCCACAGCAACCGCGUCUUCAUCGACUCGGAGGAGCUGGCCAGCGCUCUGCACUUCAAGAAGCACAUAGAGGUCCUGCACUACCUCCUCCAACUCUGGCCAGUGGUUGAUCCAUAUGGGAAGACCUCCUCGCCCGUGUCCGAGUCUCCUGCCCUGGCCGUGGCCCCAGUGAUGGCGGCCGCCCCACUGCGGAGGCGGAAGGAGCGGCCCCAGGUGCUCAACCUGUCCGAGGCCGAGAUGGCCGGCGUGCUCCGGCCCAAAGCUGGCCGCCUGGACAGCCCCAGCAACCGCUACGCCGGCGACUGGAGCUGCUGCCAAGAGACAUACUUCCGGCCCAAGGAGGAGGCCGACUACGACGACGUGCCCUCUGAGGAGUCCGAGCGUCCGCCAGAGGACAAGGGUGACGUGACCGGGGACCAGCGCAGGCCCUCGGAGCAGGAAGAGGCGGAGAAACAUGGAGCCCUGACAGAGGUGGUGGAGAUGGACAGACCGGUGGAGGUGGAGGCUGAGACUCAAAGAGAAGGAGAUUUGGAAGAGGAGGAGGAGGAGGAGGAAGAGGUGGAUGAGGAGGAGGAGGAGGAUGAGAUGGAGGAGGCAGAUGAUGAAGAGGGAAGCAGGGACCUCAGCGGAAGCCCCCUAGGGGAGCCACGGAGCUGUGAACACAUUCUGCUGCCCAGGCAGGAGGAAGGGCAGGAGGGGGAUGACCUGCAGCACGAGCACGAGGUGAAGGAGGAGGAACAUCUGGCCAAAGAGCACACGUACCAGGCCUACAUGAAGAUCCAGGACAUCAGCCCUGUCCUGAGCAACAGGGUCAAUCUCAAGGACCUGCAGGAGAGCAUUGACAUCCUCAUAGGUAACCUGGAGCGGGAGCUCAACAAGAACAAGCUCAACGUUGGCUAUUGACUGACCGGCCUUCUCAGGAAGGACUCCCUGACUGACCAGAUUACGGUCUCAGUCAAGAGUAUAGGUGACAAUGAGGGCUCAGAGGGUUUGGCCAAUGGUGAUGGUACGAGGCCCUGGGUAGAAUCCUCAUAAUCAGCUCAGCUAAACUAUUGGUACCUGCUCUCCCCAAGGAACUGUACAAAAAAAAACUACAAGAGUACGAACUGUGAGGUCUGGCACUUCCCUCUUUAAAGCCUGUUGUAUUUUAGCUCUAGAUUCACCAGUCAACAGACAUUCCUUGAUCUUUUUUUGUGUCUGUGUUCAUUUCCAUUUGUCAUUGUUGAAAGUUUUUGCUUGUGUUGUUCAUGGUCGUGUCUGUCAACGUUUGUCUAUUGUCGUCGUUCUUUCUUCUUAUUAGAAGAACCUAUUGACCCCAAGGGGUGUAAAAGGUGCCUUAAUUGUGUAAAGGUGGUACUUAAGGCAGUGGAGAGAGCUUUUAUUUUUGAUUUGUUAAUUUUUGUUUGCUUGUUUUUUGUUUUCUGUGGAGGUACUGUGUGCUACGAUAUUGUUGUAAACCAAUGCACUUACAAGGCAGAUUUGAUUCUUAAGGCGAAGAGGUAGUGGUGCUGGGUCUUGCCACCUACCCUGAAGUGAAACAGCGCUAACACUAUAGCUAAUGCUAAAGCUGCUGGGCUCUGUGUGGGGAGAUUGAAGCCAAUAGCUGUGAUGGCUCAUUGGGACUUAGCAUCACAUGCUAACAGCUGCUAACAGCAGACAGAGGCACCCUUUCAGAUUUGUAAACAGUAUGUUAGCAAUAAGGGUGCUGCUUCUGUACAUAGAACAACACAUGGUACAUUUCAAGUUGAGGGGGAAAUAGAGCAUCAUGUUUGAAAAAAUAAUGGGAUCAAAUCUGACUGAAUGCUUUGAGAGAUCUUUCAUGUCUAUUUUUCUAUCCUCCAUUUUGUUUUGGAUUUUUUAAAAAGAAAAUUGCAGACAAAUUGCCUCUUACUGUAAGACAAGAACCUUACAGUAAGAGGCAUGCUGCCUGCAAAAUCUGAUGUUGAGCCUCCUAGAAAGGGUCACUGUGGUCAAGGCUUCAAAUAGAAUGUAAGGCCACUACCUAAAUUAAUGGACACUUUUUUUUUCUUUGUCAGAAAUCCAGGUAUACAAAAUGAUCAGUAUUUAACAGAUAUAUGUGUAUAUAAAUAUAUAUAAAAUGUAUUUGGAGUAUAUAUUUUUUGGACAGCUUAUAUUUACAUACAUGCAUAUUUAAUGUUCUCAGUUACCUUGUAGUAUUGAAUCUGUGGAUCAGUACCUGUCGAGUAAUCAUGUUUCUUUUCCCUUAAGCUACCUUGACACAUCUUAAAUGUGCUGGACUGGAAAAAAACAAAUUCACGUCGUUAAAGGACAAUAGACAUAAUAUGUUUUCACAGAUGGACAAAUUUGUUUAAGUCAUACUUGUACAUAUCCGCUACCUGUUUAGGACAGGCCUUUUGGUCUGGCAUUGUGGUCAUGUUUGUGUUUGUGUUAUGGUGCAGAAUGUCACAUGGUCAAAAGCUUUACAGUUAAAUAUAUAAGUGCGUCUUAACCCGCCCCUCCCCCCCCAACACACACACACUCUGUCUACCCCCCUCCCUGGUUGACUCUGGCCCAGAUCUUUACCUGACCCAAGCAGGAGUUGCUCCAGUUGGUUGCUGUCAGGGUUCUUGGCUUGGGUUCCUGUACAUAGACAUGACCUGGGUCAGGGUUAACUUAUAUGUCGUCCCCCUUCUCCAUUUGGCAGCUGCUCUUUGGCAGACUGAGAGAAAAUAAAAAAAUGUUCACCUUACCCUCAAGUGCAGUGUAAAAAGCUAUCUGUAUCCUUGGCAAAUUGGCUGGUGCUGUAAGCCAUUGUAAGUUUUGCUUAAUGCUGUGACUAUUGGCACAUCACAAAGGUGUUAAGCUAGCUAAUGCGUUACAUGAGCUCUUGGACCCCUAUGGGUCUGUCUGUGUCCAGAGCUAUAAAGUGUACAUUGUGAGAUGCUACUGCCUUUGUGUUUUUUUUUAAAGCAUUCCUUUGCCCUGUCUUCUUUCACUUCAGCCUCCCUACAACCCCCAUCCAUAUUCUACAAGCAUAAAGUAAUGCUCAUCCCUGUCGCUUGCCUACUACAUUGGGAGUCUCAAUACAUUAUGAUGAGCGUGUCACUAAACAAGAUGUUACUUUGUACUGUUAUGGAGAAAUGUAUGAUCACAUUAAAGUAUAUAUUUCACAUGUGC